AUGUCGGGACGAUCAGUGACGAGGGAGAUGAAUUUUUCUGAGGCAGAAAGAGCUCCGUCGGAAGAAAACCAGAGGGCUCAGGCCCAGGAGCGUGCCCAAGAUGCCCUCCCAAGUGACGGAGAUGAAAUGGUGUUGUGCUAUCAGUUCUGUAGAGGUGUGGACAGAGCUGCUGUACCUCCACUCCAGGGUCCCUUUUCCGUUGAGGAGCUGGCUGUGAAAUUCACGGAGGCAGAGUGGGCCCUGCUGGAUCCGGACCAAAGAGAUCUUCACAGGGAAGUUAUGCUGGAGGCCUACAAGGCUGUGGCUUCUUUGGGGAACGAUCAGAGGAACGAGGAAGAUGAGGAACUUUGCCAUCUAUUGACAGAUGUAGCCGAGAAUGAAGACUUGAGCGGAGACUUCGGGAAUCAAGGCAGCGGUCAGAGGCAAAAAGGAAGCCACACGACUGAGAAGACGGAUCAAACCAUUCCUUAUCAAGGAGGGGAUUUCCGUGAAGUAAAUCUCCACGAAGCUGAGGGAACAUACAAGUGUUUGGAGUGUGCAAUGAACUUCUCAGAUCAAACUCAAUAUAAUACCCAUUUUCAAAUGCACAGUGAAAAGAAGAUCCAUCAAUGCCUGGAAUGUGGAAAGAACUGUCUUUGUAGAGCAGAACAAAUUAGACAUCUAAGAACACACUCAAGAGAGAAAUGUUAUAAUAGUUCACACUGUGGCAGUGGGAUCUUAGAGAAAUCGGACUGUGUUCAUUCAGAAGAGAAAUCAUUUAUCUCCUCAGAGGGUGCAAUGACAUUCUCUGAUGGAAAAAAGGGUAAUAUACAUUUCCCAGAGCCCAGCAUAAUGAAGGCCCAUAAAUCUUUUAGGUGUGGAAAGGACUUCAUUUACAGAUCGCAGCUUCUCGUGCACCAAAGAAUCCACACAGGGGAGAAAUCUUCUGACUGCACAGAGGGUGGAAAGAGGUUGAGUCAGAGUGGUAUUCUUCAAGAAUAUCUAAGAGCCCACAAAGAGUACAAAUCUUUUGAAUGCUCAGAAUGUGGAAAGAAAUUCAGUGGAAGUAGCCCUCUUAUACGUCACAUGAGGAUCCACACAGGGGAGAAACCUUUUGAAUGCACUAAGUGUGGAAAGAAAUUCAGUCGGAGUGGCAAUCUCAUACUUCAUCAAAGAACUCACACGGGGGAGAAACCUUUUGAAUGCUUGGAGUGUGGAAAGAGAUUCAGUCAGAGCAGUGCUCUUCACCAGCACCUAAGAACCCACACAGGGGAGAAACCUUUUGAAUGCUCAGAGUGUGGAAAGAGAUUCAGUCAGAGCCGUGUUCUUCACCAGCAUCAAAGAAUCCACACAGGGGAGAAACCUUUUGAAUGCUCAGUGUGUGGGAAGAAACUCAGUUGGAGUGGUGAGCUUAAACGGCACCAGAGAAUUCACACAGGGGAGAAACCUUUUGAAUGUUCAGAAUGUGGAAAGAGAUUCACCUUGAGAGACCAACUUCAACAGCAUCUAAGAACACACACAGGAGAGAAACCUUUUGAAUGCUCAAUGUGUGGAAAGAGAUUCAGUCAGAUUGGCCAUCUUCAACAGCAUCUAAGAACCCAUACUGGGGAGAAACCUUUUGAAUGCUCUGAGUGUGGAAAGAGAUUCAGGUUGAAUGGCAGUCUUCAGCGGCAUCUAAGAACCCAUACAGGGGAGAAACCUUUUGAAUGUCCAGAGUGUGGAAAGAAAUUCAGCGAGAGUGACAGUUUUCAACGGCAUCAAAGGACCCACACAGGGGAGAAACCUUUUGAAUGCUCAGAAUGCGGUAAGAGAUUCAGUGCAAGUGACAGUCUUCAGCAGCACCAAAGAAUCCACACAGGGGAGAAACCUUUUGAAUGCUCAGAGUGUGGAAGGAGAUUCACUUGGAACAGAAGUUUUCAAAGACAUCUCCGAAUCCAUUUCGCUACUUAG